ACAGAAAACGAACUUUGUACUAUCUCAACUACAGCCAAGCAAAGAAGCCAAACAGCUGUUUAGAAUUUUUUUUUCUCCAUUUUAAACCGGUUAAGUAACUUUACGACGCUCCCUAAUCGCCACUUCCACGACCUUUGACCGUAGUCGCAGCUAACUGUAGCAUGCGGUGGGUAAUAACAGGAAGACUGUGCACACUUAGACAUAGCAUUAUUAAAGACGUGCUCAUACAUUUGCCGAGAUUUGUGGCUCGUCGAAAUAUGUCGUCGUCUCAAACUAAACGACCGGUUUCCUUACUGGGAACUAUGGCGUUCGGUGGACGAGCCGACGCCGAGCAGAGCCUGGAGAUGGUGAAGACUUUCCUGGACAGGGGACACAUCCAUGUGGACACUGCCUUGAUGUAUGUGGAUGGGAAGUCAGAGACAAUCAUAGGCGGCAUGAAUCUUCCUAAAACAGUAAGCAUAGCAACCAAGGCCAACCCCUGGGAUGGGAAGACGCUGAAGCCAGAGAGUGUGCGAUCUCAGCUGGAAACCUCCCUUCAGAGGCUGCGGACCGAUUGUGUGGACCUUUUCUACCUUCAUGCCCCAGACCACCAGAACCCCAUCCAGGAUACCCUUAGGGCCUGUAAUGAACUGCACAAAGAGGGAAAAUUCAAGGAGUUUGGUGUAUCAAACUAUGCAUCGUGGGAAGUGGCUGAAAUUGCCAGCAUCUGCAGACACAACAACUGGAUUGUUCCCACUGUGUAUCAGGGAAUGUACAACGCCAUUACAAGACAGGUUGAGACAGAGUUGCUGCCAUGUCUGAGAUACUACGGAAUAAGAUUCUAUGCAUACAAUCCCCUAGCAGGCGGUCUCCUGACAGGAAAGUACCAUUACCAAGACAAAGAUGGUUCCCAGCCUGCAGGACGAUUUUUUGGUAACAACUGGGCUGCAGCAUACAGGGACAGAUACUGGAAGCAGAGUCAAUUCAAAGCAAUAGACGUGGUUCAAAAGGCCUUGGAGACCGUUUACGGCUCAGAGAAACCCACCCUGACUUCUGCUGCUAUGCGCUGGUUGUAUCAUCACUCCCAACUUAAGGGUGAUCUUGGUGAUGGAGUCAUCAUUGGCAUGUCAAGUAUGGAGCAACUUCAGCAAAACCUGGCUGCUGCAGAGGAGGGUCUUCUGGAUGAAAGAGUGGUCGCCGCCUUCAAUGAGGCCUGGAAUCUUGUUGCCCACGAGUGUCCAAACUAUUUCCGCUAAAGAGCCAAAAUCUCCACAACAGAUUUGGAUAACAUUUAAAGUAAAUUUAUAGAAAAGAGAAAUCUGUUAAAGCCCCUUUCCCUUAGUUUUUUCCACCUUUUACCUGAAAUGACACUUGGAAUUUGUUUCAUCAAUUGGAGACCAGUGUGUAGUAAUGUGAAGAGCACUUCAUUGCUGAUGUACAAAUGUAAAAAUGAAAACAUAAGACAUUUUUUCAGGGAAAAAUAACUUUUUCUGGAGUCUGCCUUAAACUAUUACAUUAAAAAGAAAACCAAUUUUCUCACAAACAAAAUGUUUUUUUUCCCCCUUACACAUAAAAUGCUUGAAAUGGAUCGAUUUAACACACUAAAGGACAUGUGCUUAUCCGUUUCAGCUAUAUUUACAUGCAAUACCUUUUUCUUAUGUUGAUAAAACAAGUGGCAUCAACAUGAUUAUAUGUAAGCGAUCAUUAAGUCUCAGUUUUUACUGAACAGUGAGUCAGUCCAAAGCUAAAAUUCAAGGCAAAGGACAGAAGUUCAUGUUUUGGGGUGAAAAAAAGGACAAAGGAGAGACAUUAAAGACUCCAGGGGCAGCACCUGCAGUCACGUGAAUGGUUUUAACAUCUAUGUCCCUCUGCUGUGACAGCUGGCAAAAAUAGGACUUUU